AGUUAGCAUAACAGUGAGCAGUCACCGGCCAUAAAAGACAUCUCACAAGUAAAUACGAGUACGUUAGUUGAUGAAUCUUCUCUGACAUUACAGUGGGAUGGGAAAGUAAAAGGAAAUGGUGCAUAUCAUACGGAGUAUUCCUCUGCUCUGCAUAUAUAGCUAACAUUCAAAUCGCUCGCUCGCUAUAUAUGAAUGUAUCCAGUCAAGUCAACCAACUCUGAGAACAGAAACAAUAAUGUCUCCUCCCUCUAACGCGCACCGAUUUCUCCUCCUCCUCUUCUUCUUAUUCUGGUCCAUCAAAUUAAACGACGCAGCAGCAGCCGAUGAUGAUGCUGAUAGGGAAAUCUCACCCAAGUACUGCGGCCCUUCCACAACCAGCAGAAGCUGCAAGAGGAAUUUGAAUAUUUCAUAUCCCUUCUGGAGGGCGGAUGAUGAAGGCCAAAUCUGUGGCUACCCCGGAUUCAGCAUCGACUGUUCCAACGCCGAUCCUGACUAUCCCCGAAUCGCUAUUUCCGGCGGCGCCUUCCUGGUGAAGAACAUCAAUUACGGCGAUCAUUCGAUCGCGCUUGCGGAUGCCGAUGCCAUCACCUCCGGGGGCGACUGUCCCAGGCCACGUCAGAACCUCAAUUUCAGCGGCGGAACGCUGCCGCCGUUCGUUUACAACUACAGCAUAGAUGUGGCCAUCGUUUUCUACGCCAACUGCACCAAUUCGCUUGACGGCGGUACCCCCUAUCCUUGCUCAAUUGACGACGAAAGGUCGUCAUACUGGUCUGUCGGGCCGACCCUUUUGGGUUGGCGCGGAAAUUGCGAGGGAGCGCUGCAGACGGCGGUGAUGGGAAGACCCGGUGAAAUUGGGGCGAGGUUGAAUGGCAGCUCGUCCUCCUCCUGGGCCAAAGCGGUGAGUGAAGGGUUCGUGCUGAAUUGGGAUGCCAAGGGGGAGAACUGCACCGCGUGCGAGAGGUCCGAGGGGCGGUGCGGCCUUGAAACCGAUUCCGGCGACUUCUUCUGCGUUUGCAACGGGACGGUGACCCCUCAUGACUGCGCCGCUUCUUCUCAGAUGGAUAUGGCAGGAUCGUCAGUGAAUUUGAAGAUUGGCUUAGGCGUUGGUGGAGCUGCGCUUGGUGUCAUAUUAAUGGGUGCCUCUUGGUUUGCUUGCCAGCGACGACGACACAAGAAGCCAAAUGCUUCAUCCUACUUCAUGUCACGAAGCACUCCUUCCGAUCCCUCUACUUCAACUAUGGAUCUUGAGAAGUCGGGGAACUACCAUGGAGUCCACCUCUUUGAGUAUAGUGAGCUUGAAGAAGCAACUGAUCAUUUCAACCCAAAGCAUGAACUUGGAGAUGGCGGCUUUGGGAGUGUCUACAAAGGUAAACUGAGAGAUGGGCGGGUUAUUGCGGUGAAACGUUUGUAUGAGAACAACUACAAGAGAGUAGAGCAGUUCAUGAACGAGAUCGAAAUCUUGCAGCGACUAUCCCAC